AGUUACUUAAAAGAAAUACUAUUGUAUUUAUUUAGUUUACUGUAUUAUCUGUGAGCUUCUAUUAGACUCCGACUUCUAUUCAUUUGAUUUCGGGACCUGCUGUUUUGAACAAUCGAUAAAUCAUGACGGUUGGGAUAUUUUAUCGAAUGUUAAUAAUAACGGGUUUCCUAUCAUUAUUUCAUUCAGCUUAUUCAGCAGCACAACAUCGAUCUUAUUUGCGAUUAAAUGAAUUGGACUUCAUAGCGUUACCUCUGGAUAUCAGUAUACAGGCUAUACUAAGUUUGUUUGUAAUUGUCUAUAGUGUUCUCCAAAUGUCUGGUAAUUUCAAAGAAAUCAAAGCCUCAGCAGAACUUGAUAAUAAAUCUUGGGGAACAUUCAAGAAUUUGCCAUCGUUCUACAUUUUUGGGCAUAGAGGGAAAUCAUUCUCCCCUUAUGUCGUCCUACAAAAUCAGCAACAGCACAUGGAUGUGGAUUAAAUAAAAAAAUAUUUGAACUCUUUAUUGAAUCAAUAAACCUUCUUAAUUUGAAAUAAAAUGAAUAAUCUUAAAUUAUGCCUGGAGAAUGAUGUUUUCAUUUUGAACCAUAAGUAAAUUUUUUCUAAAAAUUCUUGGGAUGAAUAUUAGUCCUACUCUAUAUUAUGUGAUCUUAGUUCUAUAGUAUAUAAAGUGCCCAGUCAAGUUAAUUUAGCAUACUCAAAGACUUGAUAGUUUCUUCAACCACAAGAGGAAUUCAGAAAUUAAAGAGUAGGGUUUCACACAAUAAGCUAAUUUUACUGUGUACUGUGUCAUUUACAUUAAAAUAAAUAUAUUACUUUUGUCUGUACAAAAAAAAUGCAAUUAAAUAAGAUUUUCAGUAUA